UUUACUCGAACGCUCGACGAUGAUAAUAAUUAAUGGGUAUAUUGUUAAUAAUAAUGACAUAACGUAAUAAAUCAGCAAUAGGCUAUUCAUCGUAGUCCGUUCUCCGUGCACUGUAGUUGACCGUUCCCGAGUAAAAAAACCAGCUCCUAAUUUCUAACUGAUAAUUGGUUAAUUCCACAAUGGAAGAAAAAGAAAAUCCAAAUAGCAUAAAACUUCCUGAUACUUUAGAAGUCUUCAGGAAUUUGAAAAAUGCAAAACAAUUUGCAAUAGAUAUUGGUGGUUCGCUUACAAAAAUAGCAUAUUAUUCAACAGUAUCAUUUAGACGAGUUUAUUAUGCAACCGAUAACAUAGACAAAAAUUAUGACAAAAACAAGGAUGACAAACAUGAUAAAUUUGUUUACACAUAUUCUGAACAAGCAAGGUUACAUUUUGUCAAGUUUGAAACAAAAUAUAUUGAAAACUGUUUGGAUUUCAUUGGUGACAAUUUAGUUAAUAGUGACGAACGAAAAGGAAAAAGCAUUAAAGCUACAGGAGGUGGGGCAUACAAGUAUAGCAAACUUAUUCAAGAUAAAUUGGGAUUAAAAGUAGAUAAAGAAGAUGAGCUUACUUGUCUAAUUACAGGAUGUAAUUUCUUAUUAAAAAAUAUAAGUGAUGAAGCAUUUGUUUACAACCGAAAUGGUAGUCCAGAAUAUGAGUUUCAAACAGCAGACCCACAUGUAUUUCCUUACAUGUUGGUUAACAUUGGCUCGGGUGUAAGUAUUUUAAAAGUGGAGUCAGAUAAUUGUUAUGAGCGUAUUGGUGGUACGGCUACUGGUGGUGGCACAUUCUGGGGCCUUGGUACACUUUUGACUAAAGCCAAAUCAUUUGAUGAAUUACUUGAUCUUGCUGAAAAAGGAGAUCAUAGAAAAGCUGAUAUGCUUGUAAAGGAUAUAUAUGGUGGAGAUUAUGAAACCUUAGGUAUGCAUUCAGAUUUAAUUGCUUCUUCUUUUGGAAAAAUAUGUCCUCGUCAAAAUGCAGAAAGUGAUUACAAUGAAGCAGAUUUGGCAAGAAGUUUACUGUUUGCAAUUAGCAAUGACAUUGGUCAAAUCGCUUGUUUAUAUGCAAUGAUGCAUAAUUUAAAAAAGGUGUAUUUUGGUGGUUAUUUUUUAAGAAAUCGUUCACUCAGCAUGCACACUAUAUCAUUUUCUAUUAAAUAUUGGUCUAGAGGAACUGUUCAAAGUUUGUUUUUGAGGCAUGAAGGAUAUUUAGGAGCAAUUGGUGCAUUUUUAAAAGGCACUGAAGAAUGCGAUAGUGACAAGUUUUCGUGGUUAGAAAAUUAUGCUGGUAGUGGAAGUAACCGUACUCAAUUGACGUUUGGCAAGCGAGUUGAUCAACUCGAACUUGAUAGAUGGGAAUCACCUUUAACGUUUUGCCCAUUGCUCAAAGAUCCAUCUAGUUAUAUUCCAGAUACUGUUGACUUGAACUCGGAUAAAGAAGCAAGAGAAUAUUGGUUAAAUUGCUUUGAAGAAAGUAUAGAAAAUUAUGUUAAUUAUGCAAUUGCAAGUCAACCAACAAGUGAUACAGCUGAAAAACGGGCCGCUUUGUUCAAGGAAAAAUUUAUUUCUCGGGUGCAACUACUUAAAAUUAAACCUUUUGCUUAUGGUAAUUUGACUGUGAGAGGUCUUCUUGACACAAUCAAUCAAUGUCUAAAAGAAUUUGAUUUUCCUGAUCCAUAUUUAACUCAAAAACGAACAGAAAAUGAGUAUGCAUUAAAAUGUUUUCAAGAACGAUUAGAAGAACUGGAUUCAUUAGAUCUUAAGGAAAGACAAAAAGAAAUAAUCAUGGGUGUCUUAGCAGGGAAUACUUUUGAUUGGGGUGCUAAGGAAACUGUAGCUCUAAUGAAAACUGGUGAAUUUGAUUUUAAACAAGCAAGGAGCCGAAUUCCUGCCAGACCUUGGUUAAUUGACUGUCUUGAUAGUUGGGUCAAAAAAAUAUGCACCGAGCCAUACAAAAAAAUUGCAAUUUUCAUCGAUAACAGUGGUAUUGACAUAGUUUUGGGAAUACUACCCUUAGCUAGAGAAAUGCUACGUCAAGGCUCAAGAUUAAUACUUUGUGCCAACUCUGCUCCUGCACUUAAUGAUGUUACUCAUUCAGAACUUGUUGUGCUGUUACGUCAAGCCGCGGCUAUUUGUCCUAUUAUUUCUAAAGGAUUAGACGAGGGCAGCUUGAAAUCGAUGGAGACAGCUCAAGGAGGGCCUUGUUUAGAUCUCAGUCGAUUGGAACGAGAAUUGGCAAAUGAAUUGACAACUGUGGAUUUGAUUAUAUUAGAAGGAAUGGGUCGAGCAGUACACACCAACAUAGAUGCAGAAUUUGUAUGUGAUUGUUUCAAACUGGCCAUAAUAAAAAACCGUUGGUUAGCUAAACGUUUAGGCGGUGACAUGUUUUCAGUAGUCUGCAAAUAUGAAAGUGUUAACGAAUCAAAAUAAUGUUUAACAAAUGAAAAAAAAAUAUAUUAAUAUUUAUUAAUUACAAAGAUUAUAUUAUUAUAAUAAUCAUGGUAUAAGUUACGCAUAUUGUGGUAUUUGGUUAAAAUUAAUUAUUUUUAUUGUAUAUUUUGACAAAUGACAUUCUUAUAAUUUUCUACAGCUGUUAUAUAUUGUAAAAUUAAAUAUUUAUUUUAUACAUUAAUUGACAUUCAGUUCUAUGGGAACUGGCCUAUGCGACAAAAGUGCUGAUGUUGCUGCUUUCAGUCCCAUAGCAACACAUUCAUCUUGUGAUUUUCCUUGUAACACUCCGGAUAUGUAUCCAGCGCACAGAAUGAAAUACAAAAAAAUAAUAUAAAUAAAUUUAAUGAUAAUAUAAGAUUGUGUCCCAAGUUUUAUAACGCAUUUUUAGUUUUGAUUGCAGAAAUAAGUAAUAAAAAACAUUUAGGAAUUUCAACACAAUUUAAAAUAUUUUGAACUUAUACUUGUAUUUAUUUUAUGUAUUUUUAGUAACAGUAUCAUAUAAAUAAUAUUAAUGUGUAAGAUAAGUGGUACAUAAAAGAGGGAAAAUUUUGAGAGUUACAAUUUUCACAAAUUUUUUUUUGCUAUAGAAAUCUGUCAAAGCUCAAAGGUAACAGUUAAAUGAAUAGUGUGUCCCCUGAAAUCAGAUGUAUUUUAGACCCUGCUUGAAUGUAUUUUACAACUGUUGUUUUUGAUGUUUUUAUUGUUAUAAAAUAAGUUUUCAUAUACUAUUUUAUUAAGAAUUGUACUUAAUUAAUGUAUGUUGUUUAAUUAAAGUCUUAAACAUGUCAAUUAUAA